AUGGAACAGGUUGAAGCUUUACCAUUCAACACUUCUGCCGACACUUCGACGGAGCUAUCGUCUCAGACCAGCUCGACCACUUCACCGGAAUACACAAUCCAACCCUUCGUAACUAUGCCCGAAAAAGAUUCCGCAAGCCUGGAAGCCUCGCCUUCUCCCGCAAGCCUGGGACCGCCCCCUUCCUCUCAGCCUCCCAGCGCCUUAUCGUCUCAAAGUCCCUCUACCAGCCAAAACUUUUCAGGGCCUGCUGUUCAAGCAGAGCCGUAUGUUCCAUCACCCGUGACCCCUCCAGCCAAUCAUGGCGCUUCCAACUCAAUUUCAGCGCCUGUCAUGCUCCCGCCCUCGUCAAUGCAAGCCAAUGCCACACUUUCCUCUCAAUUGUCCCCCUCUGAUAACUCGACAAACUCGCACGCAGAUGAGCCCCACAAUAUCUCAGUUACAGUUCAGGCAGUCCCAGGACAGGCCUCAAAGCACUCGACCGAACCGGCCGUCCCGCCGCCAUCCCGCGGAGCAGUCAUAGCCCUUGGGGCUCUUACAGCCUUCUUCGUCACACUAAUCAUUGGUCUACUACUGUGGCGGAGACGGCAGAGUAGACGGGUUAAGCCGAGCGAUAGCUUGUCCGUGAUGGAGAAGAAUGAGAAGGGAAGCAGUGACCCCCCUUCGAGAAGUACAUCAUCAAGUCACAAGCCCCUGAAGCACGUGCCCCCGAAGUCACAAUCCAAAGCGGGACCAGGGAUUUCGAAUCCAUUUUCCCGACGGGGGAUAAACCGGCCAAGUCGACCGGCUUCUUUGCCGUUGGACUCGAGGAUCAAUAAGGCAGAGCGUAUUCAAAAGGCACACUCGCAAGAAAUGAAGCCUCACGCCCGGCCGAGCUCGUGGCGCUCGUCGAUUGCAAGUGUCUGGGAGAAUUUGGGCUUGCCCAGUCGGGUGCUGCAUGACCCCAACUCGCAUUUCUGGUCUGACAGCGCCUCGGUAAACUCGGACCGUUCCACACGGAACCUGGUCAGCCGCCCCUCUGCCAUCGCCGAGGAAGAGAGCAUGGGGCCAUCACCAGAGCCAGCUCCCACUUCUUCAGAUCGCCAACCGACCCGCCCGCAGUCGCCUGCGCCGUCCAGGAAGACCGUCGCAAGCGCCAACACCAAUGAGCAAGCAAGCAGUUCGAGUCCGACCCAUCAUCAAUCACCGUCGUCAUUCUCAAGCCAGCCCUCCAAGCAGCCAUCCUCAAAAAACUUGAUUACCUCUAGUCAAGACACCCAAUCCGCCUCGCCCUCGCCUGACGCGGCUGACUCUCACACAACCUCCAGUGCGCGCUCCCAGAAAUCUCCGACUGAUACUACUUCCGUGAAGAGCAACCCAAAGCCUCCCAAGAUCUCGCUCGAGAAGAGUCAAGUCGUCACCCAAACCAACCAUCCUUCCCCACUCGACGCAGGCUCGCUGGACUCUAAUGACGACCUGUCGUCCAAAUCUUCUAUCACCUCCAGCCCCGUGAAAAAUGUAAAAUCUAAGCUGUCUGUAAUCGCACUCGAGAACACUCAAGUCACUCAAACAAUCCCCAUCUAA